UUUGACCUUUCAUAGGUCUUGUAUGCUCACGUGACCUAUCAAACAGAGUUAAGAAAUACGAAUAGCCCGCGAAAUUUUUAUUAUUUCUUGAUUUCUAGUUGCGUUGUGAAGUGCUGAAGAAGCUCUUACUUUUGAGAUGGCUCGUACGAAGCAGACUGCAAGGAAAAGUACUGGAGGUAAAGCUCCUAGGAAACAGUUAGCUACUAAGGCUGCGAGGAAAAGCGCACCAGCUACCGGUGGUGUUAAAAAACCUCAUCGUUACAGGCCUGGUACUGUUGCUCUCAGGGAGAUUCGUCGUUAUCAGAAAUCAACAGAAUUGCUGAUCCGCAAAUUGCCUUUCCAACGUUUAGUCAGGGAAAUUGCACAAGACUUUAAGACCGAUCUUCGAUUCCAGAGCUCAGCGGUUAUGGCUCUUCAGGAAGCCAGUGAAGCUUACCUGGUAGGAUUAUUUGAAGAUACCAACUUGUGCGCUAUCCAUGCCAAGAGAGUGACUAUAAUGCCGAAAGACAUUCAGCUGGCUCGUCGUAUUCGUGGCGAACCCUCUACGACCAUAGCUGAAACUUUAGGAUGUGAUGGUAUCGUCUUCGGUUUCUUACUCGCUGAUUUCUUCGCCUUCUUUGGCGUAGCAGCAGCAGGUGAAGAUGAAACGGUCUCUUCGGUUGACAUUGUUAGGCCUCCGAACGAACGAACUAACUGUCCGAUGGUAAAUAUCGAAAUGAGGGUACCCCAAUAUGUUGCUGAAGAAGCUCUUACUUUUGAGAUGGCUCGUACGAAGCAGACUGCAAGGAAAAGUACUGGAGGUAAAGCUCCUAGGAAACAGUUAGCUACUAAGGCUGCGAGGAAAAGCGCACCAGCUACCGGUGGUGUUAAAAAACCUCAUCGUUACAGGCCUGGUACUGUUGCUCUCAGGGAGAUUCGUCGUUAUCAGAAAUCAACAGAAUUGCUGAUCCGCAAAUUGCCUUUCCAACGUUUAGUCAGGGAAAUUGCACAAGACUUUAAGACCGAUCUUCGAUUCCAGAGCUCAGCGGUUAUGGCUCUUCAGGAAGCCAGUGAAGCUUACCUGGUAGGAUUAUUUGAAGAUACCAACUUGUGCGCUAUCCAUGCCAAGAGAGUGACUAUAAUGCCGAAAGACAUUCAGCUGGCUCGUCGUAUUCGUGGCGAACGCGCUUAAGUGACAUUUUGUUUUUAAAAAAAGGCCCUUUUCAGGGCCAUACAAAUAAUGUAAUAAGUUAUGUUACAAUAAUUGCUUCCUUUUAUUCCCUGCCUUUUUUUCCCCCAUUAAAAUUUUCUACUCAUUCGAAAAUCUUCCCUCUUUUCAUUAAAUAUUUAUGAGUUAUUAAAAUUGAAUGCGCACAUUCAAGUCUGCCAAAUUUUUAUUUCGAAAUCAUCACUUUAUAAAGAUUUCUUUCCUCUGACAGCAAUUAUUGUAACUGAGCUUAUUAAAUAAUUUGUAUGGCGCUUAAAAGUAUUUAUUCUUUGCAAAGUAUGCAUAUCCAAUCACUUUAAUUCCGUUAGGAACUUAAUAUUCGAAAUCUUUUUCACAUGAAUAAUCUACGGAUAGAUGGCACCACUUACAAGAUGUGUUUUAAAACAUUGUUUAUAUACGAUUAAAAUAUGAAUUUUUGGGAGACAUUUAAUUUUAAUUCCUUUAAGUUCCUCCUUAAAUAUUUGCAUCAUAAUGGAUGCAAAUGUCUGUUACUCUCAACAUUGUAUUAAAAUUAGAUCUUAUAGAACAUAUG